UUACCUCGCUAAGACUUCCUGUUUGGCAAAUGACGUGACAGAGUCCGAAAGGGCGAAAAAGACUUUCGAUCCAUUUGAGCCACCGUAGACAAAAUACUUGUGUGUGUGUUUUGUGAACGCUACUAUAUAAAAUCUUUACAGUACAUGUGAGUUUAGAUUGUACUAAACUGUUGUGUAUAUUACAGCAAAGUCUACGUGUCACGGAGGGUGUACAGGAUGUGUUUACAGUUUGGGAUGCACCAAUCCAGCGCAUUGAUGGCUCGUAACAGAUCCACAAAGAAAUGUCCGCUGUUUACCUAGUGGCACCUUGGAUUUAAAACAUCCCUGAUUAUUCAGACCUGUUUGAGUAGGAAGACUUUUUUAUGACCAAACGCGACCGUUACAAAUUGGUUUUGUGUUUCUUUGAACAAACUUUCCAGCGGUAAAUUGUAAAGAUUUUAUUCCUCAGAUGAGCAUGGAUCACCAGGCGUGUUUAAACACAGACAUUUGCAUUUCUAAACUCGUACGAGGAGAUUUGCGCCGCAGGUGUCCGAUGAUGUGGCAGAGAUAUAGUAAACCUUACCGUAUCGCAUUUUGAAUGUAUUUAACUACGCCUCGUGGAAACAGUGAUGACUCGACAAGUGAGCCUCCUGUCAGGACUGAUUUGGCUCGGGCUGACACAGUGUUGUCACUCCAGAUUAACACACAACUGCGACAAUGGCAAGAGAAAACAACACAUUCAGCGUGGGUCUCCAUGACAUUCAAGGCCUAAAACUGUACAAAUCUCGUGACAGACCUACCAGAACCUGAUGAGCUCGUCUGUCAAGAGCUCUGGCCACAGUCACAGAUGCAUAUCCCUGAUAUUGACACAAAAUAUCCCAUAAAGCCUGCUGAUUAUAUCUGCAUGGACACACCCAUUAUAUACAGUGACCGUAUACCCACUCUUGGUCCUUAUAGGCCAGUUGAGGUAGAGAGUGGAGAGUACCUGUACUGUCCCCCUCAGCGCUGGCUAAACAACCUCAAAAAAGGAGCGCUGGUGCUUCUGUACCACCCCUGUGUCUCAGCGGAAGCUCGCAAGAGUCUGGCAGUGUUGGCUCACUCUUGCCUGCCUCAUUACAUCCUCACAACUUACCCCUGGCUAAGCCGACAUAGACCUUUAGCUGUGGUCUCUUGGGGUCGCUCCCUAGAGAUGUCUCGCAUCACACUUGGGCUUUGUGAUUGGUUGGUUUCCAUUUCCUCCAACAUUAAUCAAUACAGCACAAGCCAAAGAGCAAAGUACAGUCUGUAUUUGACAAAACCGGCACCCGUGGACAGACUCAUGAACAUCAGUCUAGAGAUGUCCAAAGUAGAGAGAUCAAAGUCUCUAAAACACUGCUGCAUGGAGGCUCUCAGACUCAAUGUGGUACAGAGGACCAGAGGAAGAACCAGGAAGACCAGGAUGGCCCUCCAACAAACAUCAGAACAAGUGGAACUGAAAACUGAAGUCAAACAAGACAAACUUGACAGCACAGAGAGUGCAUACCUGAAAAUUAUAGACACACUACCACAAAAUGUUACAAAGGAGAUGGCCUCCUUGGCGAUGCUGACAGUUAAUGUUACUCAAUCUCUCAGUUUAGUUAAGGACUCUGAGGAACCAGAAGUGAGUGCUAAGGACAAAGACAAGAAGAUAAUCGAUGCAGAGAAGCAAUUUGCACAGAAUAAAGUGGUUAACAGGCAUAAUGACCAGACCGACAGAAAGUCACAAAAGAACACUGUAGCAGAAGGGAGGAGGCAUCGCAUUAAGACUGACACAAAGGCACAGAGGUCUGGAUCAGAAUGUGGAGAGCUUGGACAGUGUGGCGUUACAGACCUAAAGUCUCUGCAUUUAGAGGGACCCAUGAGGGGGGAAAGAAUCCCCAUUCCACGCACUGAUGAGGCUGUGUGGGCAGCAGCCGCUCUGGGCUUCCUGUUGGUGCUGCUCACCCUGUCUGUGCUUCACACACGCCUCUAUCGGCACUGUCGAUCUUCACCCAGUCUUUACUGGCAUGAUAACCAGCAAGACUAUGAGAACGUGGGUGAUAUCAUACGGCGGAGGCUGAGGACUGUUGGCCGGAGAAAGAGGAGGAGCAGUCAGAGCAGGAGACACGAAUGUGCAUUGUUGUCCUUCUCCAGCACUGAAGAGAACUCUGAGUAACUGACAAGAUUGUUGAACACUAUAAAUCAUGACGAUUGACUCCAGUAUAUGCACUCUUGGAUACUUGUUUGAGUAUCUGCCUAAUCAUAUGAUACCACACAAAUCAACUGUUAGGGAAAACUUAAAUCCCUUUAUAUACUGUACAGACACAGCUAGACAACACAAAAAAGAAAAUUUUUCAUUUAUCCCUGGUGUUCUGUAUUGAGACAUAAUUAAGUGAUAACUUUUUUUCCACAGUCAUUUGUUUACCAGUUAAUAUAAAAUGUCAGUAUAAACCUUUAACACAGUAUGUAUCUGUGGUUUGUCAAGAAAUUGUCUAUUUGCUAUUUCUUAAUCUGCUAGGUUGUGAUAGGUUUUAAGUGGUAAGUGUAAUUAAUUUGGUCAGAAGCCACUUGUUAAUGUAGAUGCUUUUUCACUUUAUAGCCCUAUCUGUUGGUAAGAAUGAGUACAAGUUUAUUUAUCUCAUGACCUGACACAUGGAGAUAGAUGGCAGCAGAGAGCUCUCCAAUUCCAUUGGCUCUUUAUGAAUACCAGUAGUUUUAUGUAACUUUAGCAGCACUUUUUCAUCCAAGAAUAUAUGUAUUACUUGUUGCAGGGUCAGUCUCCUUGCAAUCUCUGGUCAGAUCUCUUGCUAAGUAGAGGUGGAGCAAAUAAGGACUAAGAUUUAGAUCCUGUUUGGAUUUUAACCCACAAACUUUUUGUGAACAUCCCAGAUUCCUAACCUUUACCCUUUACGGCAGUGGUUUUCAACUGGUUUUGCUUCAGGACCCAGACUGGACAUCAAGUGGCAAUCUAACGCAGUAAAAACCUUUAUGAUGUAGCCUUGGUCACAUUUUAUUUUAACUUGUAUGGUUUUCAAGUAUAAGGACAUGUAUCAAGUGGCAUUAGUUUUGUUGUUGAUGUCAACUAUAAAAGAUACAGGAUUUCUUUCCCCUUUUAAAAGUUGAUAAGCCUAUUAUAUUUCGUAUCCAGUGUAUUUUCUAAUAUUAAACAUCUUUCAAACAGAACUGGACACUCACUGAGUAUCAGAGAGUGAGACAAAGAGACCCAGGAACAGAGGAACAGUUCAAAGGAUUUAUUAACAAUAAAUUGUAACUUCAUCUGGGCUGGCGAAGAGUGUAGAACCCAGCACCGGCUGCAGUAAGCAGGAGAUAGGUGUUCGUUGAUGCGUGCGCGCCAUGGCCGCGCAGUGAGCAGAUCCUUGAGGAAUCCUCCAUUGUGGGUGCAGAGAACAAGCGCACCGCAGACUGGAAGGUAACCACACUCCCGACACGCGGGCAGAGAUGAGGAAUUCUCCGUUAAGAAGUCGUGAAUGCAGAGAAUAAGCGUACAGCAAACUGGAAGGUAACCACACUCCCGACACAUGGACAGAGUCAGGCAACCAAACAGAUACACGAGACAGAACCAACUAGGCAGAGAGAGCGAGGUAAGUUACUUCACACCAAACAGCAGUCUAGCAAAGAUACUGACACAAUGAAGGGAUGAAGUAGGCAGUGAAUCAGCAGAGAACCUGGUGCUGCUAGCAUGCUAAUUAGUGGCAUGAUCAGCAUUUCCCUGACGGGACAUGAACGUCAGACUCUUGGGCGGGAAACGGGGCUGUAAACCGAGGCUACACUGGAAGGGUGGCAACUCCUUAGACAACAACUGCAAGGAGUUGUGGGCAUACUCGACCCAGACUAAAUGAUUGCUCCAAGACGACGGAUUAUGGGAGGCCACACAGCACAGGGUCUUUUCAAGUUCCUGAUUUGACCGCCCAGUCUGCCCAUUUGUCUGGGGAUAGAACCCAGAGGACAAACUCACCAUAGCCCCCAGCUGUCAGCAGAAUUCUGCCCAAAAACGAGACACAAAUUGGGGGCCUCUGUCAGAAACCACAUCGACCGGGAGGCCAUGAAAGCGGAAGACGUGGUUUAUGACUGCCACCGCUGUCUCCCUCACUUGGAUAAUUUGGGGAGGGGAAUGAAGUGAGCUGCCUUCGAUAACCGGUCCACAACAGUCAAAACAACUGUGUUGCUUGGGAGGGGGUAGACCAGUUACAAAAUCCAUGGCUAUGUGCAACCAGGGUCUAGAAGGGACUGACAGCGGUUGGAGGAGCCCGGCUGGGGGGUUACAGGAGGUCUUAUUAGUCGCACAAACAGGGCAAGCGGCUAUGAACCGGCGUACAUCCUGCACUAGCGAUGGCCACCAGAAUCGCUGUCUAAUGAGUGUCUGGGUACAAGUCGCCCCUGGAUGACAAACGACGUUGGAUGAGUGACACCACUGUAUUGAUCUGAUCUGAUUUGAUCCUGCUGAUGUCCCAGUAAAUCUCCCAGCUGAGACAGGGCAGAGCGAAGAGUAAAUUCUUCCACUGGGUCCAAACAAGAUGGAUUGUUCGGUCAGAGAGUGAGUCAAAGAGACCCAAGAGCAUAAAUUGUAACUUCAACUGGGCUGGCGAAGAGUGGAGAACCCGGCACCGGCUGCAGUAAGCAGGGGAUAGGUGUUCAUUGAUGCGUGCGCGCUGUGGCUGCGCAGUGAGCAGAUCCAUGAGGAAUCCUCCAUGAAGACUGUGUUCGUAGGCAAGUGUAUGUGUCGUGGUAGUCGGGAGCAGAUCCAUGAGGAAUUCUCCGUUGAGAAGUCGUGAGCGUAGAGAAUAAGCGCACAGCAAACUGGAAGGUAACCACACUCCCGACACGCAGGCAGAGACGGGCAGCCAAACAGAUACACAAGACAGGACCAACUAGGCAGAGAGAGCAAUGUAAGUUACUUCACACCAACAACAAUCCUGCAAAGAUACUGACACAAGGAAGGGAUGAAGUAGGCACUGGAUCAGCGGAGAACCAGGUGCUGCUAGGAUGCUAAUUAGUGACAUGAUCAGCGUUCCCCUGGGAACAAUCAGUGUUCCCAUGGAAACACUGAUCAUGCAUGCCAGCAGCGCCUGAGACACAUGAGGGAGAGAAAUAACAAAACAAACUGACAAACUCACCAGAACCGUGACACUAAGCAAUUUAUUAGGAACACUAUGGUCCUAAUAAAGUGCCCACGGUGGUCUUCUGCUGUUGUAGCCAAUCUGCCUCAAGGUUUGACGUGUUGUGCAUUCUGAGAUGCUAUUCUGCUCACUACAAUUGUACAGAGUGGUUAUCUAAGUUACCAUAGCCUUUCUGUCAGCUCGAACCAGUCUGGCCAUUCUCCGAUGACCUCUCUCAUCAAAAAGGUGUUUCUUUCCGCAGAACUGCUGAUCACUGGAUGUUUUUGUUUUUGGCACCAUUCUGACACCAAGUAGGUGUACAGGUGUUCCAAAUAAAGUGCUCAGUGAGUGUAUAUUACACGGGAGUAAAAUGUUGUCCAUAAUUUGUCCACAAGUCUUUCAAGCUCUUAAUGAACUUGCCCUUAUAUUUACAGUGCAAUGCCAUAAACACAUUGGAUGGCUCCUCAUUUCUGUGGUUAUGUCAAUGUGGUAGGUCUUUCUGAAAAAAAAAAAAAAAAAAAAAUAUAUAUAUAUA